AUGGCAAUUGCGAAGGCCGUAGAGGACGUGGAUGGACCGAUGACGGCAGAGUUGGCCGCCGCCGUCGCCGUCUCAGCAAACGACCAGAGUGCCUGCCGAAAGCUCCAGACCACGUGCUUACCGCAGUCCCUCGAGGCUCGACCGCUGGGAAACGGCGCGAACAACGGAUCUUCUAAGAACAUGGCACAAUCCACCGGACACGAUGCAGAGAGGCGGGAUCGGCUGGUGGAAUAA